AUGGCUUCGCCACUCUACCACAAGUACUGCUCCAAGUGCGGGACAGCCACCGAGCAGCUCGGACAGUACUGCCGCAAUUGCGGCAACUGCGUGCUUGGUCAAGCUGAGGAAGACGACGCGCUGAGUUAUAAACCACCCUCUUUGGUGAAACACACCGAUGCGCUUCCGGGCAGCUUCUCACCCUACUCUGGGUGCUUUGAGAUUGAGGAGCAAGCUCAAACCAUCACCAUCACCAAAAAGGGAGGAAACGCGUGGGCCACGGCUUGGAUGACCGACCCCAUGAAGAUCAGCGACAUCUGUUACUUUGAAGUCGAGCUCAAGCAAAACUUGAGUGGCUGCCUUGGCUUUAUCCAGAAGCCCGAAGGAUUCAUGGCAUCGGGCAGUCCAUUGUGCCUGACACAUCUGCAUGGUGAUGAUGGGCACUGCGGCAAGCAAAACGGCGUCUGGACCUGUGUGCUCACAGGGGCCGGAAACUUUCGUACAACCCCGGCUGCAGGUCGCCCGGGUCCGGCGCCCAAGGCGAAAGAUAAGCUUGGCUUUCUGGUCGAUUUCUUCUCAAACCGGAUCAUCUUAUAUGUCAACGGCAAACGUCAUGGCACAAUGUGCAGUGGCAUUCGCGAGAUCAAAGGUGGUAUUGUGUUUGCUCUGUCAGUCUCCGCUGCUGGCCACGCCUUUAUCAUCAAUCGCGAUGCAAAGCUGCCCCCGGAAACGGAGCAGCUGAGACGCACACUUCAAGCCCAGCAAGAUUUCAUUGAGCGUGCUUGUGGGCGCCUGGAGCUCAAAGCCCGAGAAGUGCGACAACUCAAGCAGGCUCGCGAGAUUGACGAGGCCACCCUCCAGGCUGCAAUCAAAGAACGUGAUGCUCUCCGUCGCCGCCUGGCAGAAUUUGAAGCUGCGGGCUCGACUGCAUCCGAGCCCCAGUUUGCGCCCAAAGCCUCAGCCACGACGCCCGAGUCAUGCAAAUAA